AUGAGCACGAAAUCGAAUGGUCAAUCAUCCUCAUGUAUUGUGCCAGGCUCAUCUGCCGAGCUCAUACAUAACGCUUACCGACGUCUCACCUACGAGCAACUACGUCUGUUCUGCUCUAUCAGGUCGCUAUCGUCUACUGGCUCGGAUAUAGAUCUUGCCUCGCGCCUCGCGGACCACGAUCUCAACCUCUACGGUAUCACCACCCCAUCCCCUUCACCGUCCGCGACCGAGUAUAGCACUAACGCCUCGACGCACCAGGUCCGACAACGUCGCCUCCCCCCUCUACCUGUCGAGUUGAUGGCCGAAAUCAUGGAUCACAUCGGCGACUGGGAGCUCACCAAAGCCGUCGGUCUCCCCACCUCUCUCGAACAACGCCCGCAAUACUGGACUCGAGCCUCGCCGACAGACAACGCCCUCCUCACAGGCUACCUUCCCCUCCUCGUAUCCUCCCAACCGUCACUCAACCCACCCACCAGUAUCGGAGCACGACUCACGAUCCGCUUCGCGUAUACACAUAUCCUCACCUACCUCUUCCUCAAUCAUCGAUCGUUAUUCCGAAAAAUGUACAAACAUGACUUGAUCCUGCUCGUGGCGAGCGAGUUCGGAAGGGUAGAGGUGCUAGAGUGGUGGGCCGGGAUGCGGAAAGAGUAUCCCAACGACUUCGUCGUCUCGGAAAUAAAAUCCAUCAAAUACGCCAUAGACGGAGCUUCCAAAGCGGGACAGGUCGGUUCGUUGGAUUGGUGGCUCAAAUCGUCGAGUCUGCCGUUCGAGUUCACCGAAGCCGCGCUGGAACACGCGUCCGCGAAGAAUCAGCUCCACGUCCUGGACUGGUGGAGGUCGCACGCGGAGAAUAUUCAGCUUAAGGUCGGGAGGGUCAUGGACACCGCAAGCGCGGCGGGGCACGUUUCCGCGUUGCAGUGGUGGGCGCAUUCGGGGCUGGAUUAUACGUAUGAUAAGCAGGCGAUGUAUCAUGCUAGUUGUCAUGGGAGGGUGGAGGUGCUGGAGUGGUGGUUGAAUAGUGGGUUGCAGCUGUUUUAUGACCAGGAGGUGUUGGUGGGCGCGACGAGGCAUAAUAAGCCUGAGUCGUUGGAGUGGUGGGAUCAGAGUCGGUUGAAGGUGCAGUAUAAGAUGUGCGAUAUCGAGGAGGCGUUAGAGGAUGCGAUUGGGGGAGGGGAGAAGGCGAGGGAGUGGUGGAGGAAAAAGGGGGUGGAUUUCAACGCGAAUGAUAAGGAGUGGACGAAGUUGCAGACGUUGAACUGA